UGCACACCAGAGGGGUGGGCCCCUGAAUGACCCUGAACUAGGAAACACUAGCUAAGUAGUCUGUGUGUGAGAGGUAACAGGAGCACAUAUAUCAGCAUGAGGCUUCUCUCCAGCCUAUGGAAGAUUAGCAGAAUCCCCCUGCUGACUAACUUGUCGGGAAAUGCGUCCCAUGGGAUUUGGAGGUCAAUUGGAGCCAUUUCAGGAGGACGUUAUGGUUACGGGACACAAUCUGAAGAACCUAGGCCAAUCAGUCGCUAUCCUGUACCAUACAAGAAAGACUUGCCCUAUGAUAUAGUGGAAGUAAUGGAAGAGGUAGAGAGGAAGGGUGGUUUUUUACCAAAUGUUUUUAAAGCAAUGGCACACCGGCCCAAUGAGUUCAGAGCAUUUUUUGCUUAUUAUGAUGUCCUUAUGAACAAAGAAACCGGAAGUGUAUCCAAAGCUGAUAAAGAACUCAUCAUUGUAGCUACCAGUGCGAACAACAAAUGUCCAUAUUGUGUAACUGCUCAUGGUGCACUGCACAGAAUAUAUUCCAAGAAAAAGACAUUGGCUGACCAGGUCACUAUCAAUCCAGAGCUAGCAGAUCUCAACCCUAGAGAACGGGCCAUGCUGGAAUUUGCUUUGUCGGUUGCUAAACCAGAAAAUAUAACUGAGGAGCAUUUUAGCAAACUUGCAAAACAUGGCUUUGAUCGUGAAGAUGCAUGGGAUAUCGCUAUGAUUACUGCAUUUUUUGCAAUGGCUAACCGAAUUGCUCACUUAACUGAUUUGCGACCAAAUGAAGAGUUCUAUACACUGGGGAGACUUCCCAGGGAAAAGUCUGAGGAAUGAAAAUGUUGUUCUGUUCCAUAACAGAUUCAGAUAAUGACCUCUGCAUUGUAUGAAUACACCAGCAAACUGUUACUGCACCGGUACACAUUCAUGUUUGUAACAUCAGGACACUCAUUUCAAUAAUUAUACAUAUCGAAUAUAUACAUAUACAGAAAUCAUAUGUUUUAUUUUUUAUUUUUUAUUAAACAUGUCAUUUUAUUAGGCAAAUAUGUAAUAUGUAGUAGAUUAUGUACAUGAAGUCCACAUAAAUUGCAUAUUUUUGAAAUCUCUUUCUCAUACAGGGUUUUGUUACAACACUACACAAUUUUGUCACAAUACAUAGAUGAGUCAGGACCACCACACCAUGAGUCCAAAGAUAGGGACCCUCCUCUGACAUCCAUAGAUUUUCCAUAGACCUUUUUCAGAAAUCCUUGCACAUUACUAUUAAAGCUUGUUUCCUCUAAACACAAUGUUAAUGUCUGUUAUUGGGGUUCUUAACUUGCUUUCUAUUCUAUAGCCAAUUUUUUCAAACAUUUUUAAACUACUAGAGAGACCUCCGUUACGUUUGGCAUUUUUGAAUUUGCAGAGUAAUUGUAUGUGUACCUAUUUUUGGGUCAAAGAGCAGCCAGAAUUUGUUUUCAUAUCAUGCAUAUAGUGGGGGAGAUUUAUCAAAACCUGUGAAGAGGAAAAUUUGAUCAGUUGCACAUAGCAAAAAGAUUGCUUCUUUAAUUUUUCACAGGUCAUUUUAAAAAUAAGAAGCAAUUUAGUUGUUAUGGGCAACUGGUCAACAUUCCUCUGCACAGGUUUUAAUAAAUCUCCCCCC